AUGCCAAUAUCAGCUAAUAAGCUGAUUAAUUCGCAUGGUGGUUCAAUUAAAAAAGAAAACCUAACAGUGCCGACAAUUGUUUGUUCAUCAUUUGAAAGUGAUGAUGAAAACAGUCACGAAGUCAACAACAACAACAAUAACAACAACAACAACAUGCAGAUUCCACAUCGAGAAGAAGAAAUAGAAAGAAAAUUUAGUGAAAAAAAAGUGUUUAAUACAGAUACGCCAAAUUCGUCAAGCAUAGACAGGCAAGAUUCAACAGAAACUCGUUAUGAUACACAAGAGGAUUUAACGCCAACGCUAGAGCGAAAACAAUCAAAAAUUGUACGAUAUGGUCGAAAAUUAAAAUCAAAAUUAGAUCAUGUUAAAAAACAAUUUGAAACGUCUGGAGGACAACGACGUAAUAUGACAUCAUUCGACGAUAACGAUACACUAUACCAUCAAGAACUAAAAUCAAAACUAGCACCAGCAUUAACUAAAGAAUAUCGAAAGAAAAUGCAAGAAUGGCAAACGAUGCAAAAAAUGAAUUUUUUAGUUAGUUAUCGGCGACAAUCUACUGGCAAAUUCGAUAGUAAAUCACAUUCUCGUACACAGACGAGUGAAGAAGUUUCAGAAGAAACAGAUGGUUUAAUUCGACGUACACCAUCUCGCCAAAGUCUACCACAUUUAAUAGCUGAUAACGUUGAUGUUGAUCUGAAUUACAUUAAUAUUAAAAAUGAUUUUCAUGAUGAUGGUGUUAAUGAAAUUUUGUUCGAUAAACCUUUGUUAUCUCCGAUUCAACGUACACAAAUGGUUCAUCAGUGGCGAACAAUAAUGAAUGAAGAAAUAACGUUACGACACUAUUUGGAAUGUAUUGAAAAUAAAACGAUCUGUUUAAAAUUAUUAGAGCGUAAAUUGAAAUUGUUGAAAACCACCAUAUUUUGUACAAAUAAUGAAAGUGAUGAUGAUGGACAGUCAAUGAUAACAGCAAACGAUCGAUAUCGAUUAAAAUCCAAUAGUCACGAACAGCUAAUUGAAGCAAACACUUGUAAAGAUGACAAAAUUCAACGUUCACGAUCUUUGGAAACAUCAGAAACGGUUCCCACUUUGUGGGUAUUAGCUUUACGUAGUGCUGCUUAUUCUGAUAUACUUGAUGGUACAUCAAAUACAAGACCUUUAAUGCGCAACAUGGACUUUUUUCAACAACUAAGUAAAAUUCAAGAAGAAAGAAAAUUAUUUGGCGAAAAUUUGAUCAACGAUAUACAAGUACUGAAAGAAAAAAGACCACUAGAUACCAUUACAAUUCCCGAAAAUUUUCAAACUAAACCUCAAAUACCAAAACUAUCUGUACGAAGUCGAAAACGGAAAACAUUAAACGACGAAUCUACCAAUAAUAGACGAAAAGAAUAUCGUGCUCAACUUAAAAAACGUUUAUCAUAUCCGGAUAAAUUUCCGAACUAUUGGGAAUUUGAAGAUAAAGUUCAAACACCCACAUCGUCAGUGUCUCCGAAUUAUGCUGAAAUUGAUCACAUUGAACCAGUUAAUCACAUAAAUAACGACGAAACACUAAUGGUUAGUAGUAAUGAUGAAAAAAAGCGAGAACGUUCUGAAUGGCAAAAAACAUUUCAACGACGAAAAAGUGUGUGUGUUAAUUACUUUCAAUCGUUGUUAAGAAGACGAAAAUCAGCUAGUGAAAAGCCGGAAGAGGAACAGCAUAUGACAGCAAAAUAUCGUCAAACAUUAUCACCACAAAUUCCACGGCGAAAAGAAUCAAUUACAACUGAAUGCUCAUCACCAAAAUUGAAUUCACUCUCACCAAAAGAACGAUUUAAUCGUUUACAUAAACUUAUAUUUCACCAGCGACAUCGUUCACCACCAGUUCUCGCCAUCACACCUUCCUCCUCGACUUCGACUGAAUCAAAUGAAAUGACCAUGAAUCUCUCGCCCAUACUUAAUAAUAGACACGUGAAAAAUUCAAGGACAACAAAUGCACAAGUGCUAGAUGCAGAUACGAAAGAUGAUUACAUUAAAUUAUAUAUGUCAGCACACGAAUCAAAUUCAUUUGAAAAUAAUGUUUUCCACAACACAUCAGAAAAUAACGGAGAAAAACUAUCCGAAAUAUAUGACAAUGUGAAAGAUAUUGUUUCAACGAUAGAAACAGAAAAUGCUUUAACACCAAGAAAUGUAAUUUGCAUUCCUGAUAAUAGUCCUACCUUUUCAGUACAGCAACAACAACAACAACAACCAGUCAAUAUUCCUGUCGAGUCAAGUUAUUCAACGUUGACAAACAGUAAUAACAUGACUACUGAUAGUCUAUUAUCAUCGUGCAAAACACCAUCAUCAGCCGAAGAACGACGUGCAACUUUUCUUGCUAGUCAUUUUGCAAUAAAAAAAAUUUGA